GUCGUUCCUACGAAGCAUAAUCAGAUUCUUGAGUAAUAAUCAGGCGGUUUUCAAAAGUGGCUCCGGACAUCUUGAGACGGUUGUUCCCUCCGGCACGGACCCGACGACCCGACCCAAUCGGGUUACAGUUUGAGAUGAACCUCUUCCGGUUCUGCUCGGGCCUCCGGGUCCUGGGCUACCUCAUGAUCCUCCUCGUCGCCGCCGUGGUCGUCGUCUCCUAUUACGCCGUCGUCGUCUUCACAUGGUGGCCCAUCUUCCUCCGCCGCGGCCAUCCGUCCCUUCUCUCCGCUCUUGCCUUCUUCAUCCUCCUUCUCUUUCAUCUUCUGCUGAUAAUGCUCUUGUGGAGCUAUUUCACUGUAGUUUUUACAGACCCGGGUUCUGUUCCAGAAAAUCUCGGAGUAGAAUUGACGGGUGAAAAUUUGGAAGCUGGUGUCGGUAUUUCAACCGAUCGAAGGGCUCCUGGCUCUUUGGGUUACUGUGUCAAAUGCAGAAAUGUUAAGCCGCCUCGUUGCCACCAUUGUUCUGUGUGUCAAAGAUGUGUUCUCAAAAUGGACCACCACUGUGUUUGGAUUGUCAACUGUGUUGGAGCACGCAAUUACAAAUUUUUCCUUCUCUUUCUGUUUUAUACCUUCCUCGAGACGGUAUUGGAUACCAUCGUCUUGCUCCCAAGUUUUAUCGAGUUCUUUAGCCAAGCCAUCAUGCAUUCUGCUUCCCCUGGCAAAAUAGCUGUCCUCUUUCUGGCUUUUGUUCUUAACCUGGCCUUUGCUCUCAGCCUUCUCUGUUUCGUAGUCAUGCAUAUCUCUCUUCUAUCGAGCAACACUACUUCCGUCGAGGUGCACGAGAAGACGGGGGAUGACAGAUGGAAGUACGACCUGGGAAAGAAGAAGAACUUCGAGCAGGUGUUUGGCAAGAGCAAGGCGUUGUGGCUUCUUCCUCUCUACUCAAAAGAAGAUGCGGAGAGCAUAACUGCGCUUCGAGGAGUUAAUUUCCCAACACGGUCCGACAUUGAUGCAUAACCUACCUGCCCAGUUUGGUUCUUUUGGCUCAUAGUUGUGACAUAUAUAUAUAUAUAUGUGCAGUGAGACCGUGAUUAGAUUCCACAUAUAUUGUUCUUUGCUUU